GUGUCCGAGAGACCUCUUAAAAAUUCAUGGAAUUACAUGUGAAAGUAUAAUAGUAUUACCGGGCGAGAUGAAUUAUGGAAAGUAUGAAUUACUGCUUUAUUAUGGUAUUUUAGAAGAUUUUUUAAAAUUUGAUAAAAUUCUUUAUAUAAACGAUGGAACACCAUUGAUACCAGAUUUGGUUUAUAAUGGGUGCACUCAAAAUUUUGAAUUUGCUAAAUAUAUGCAUGAAAAAUAUAAUUAUAACUCUCUCGCUGUGAAUUAUGCUUAUUUUAAUAAUGGACAUUUUUCAGAAAAAUUGGAUUAUAAAUAUUGUUCUUUGUUUUAUACUAAACAUCCAGAAAUGUUGAUUAAAUAUGAAAAACUUCAUAAUAUAUUGAGUUUUUAUUUUACUAUAAAUCAUGAUGAAAUUAAUUUCAAGAAAUUGAAGUUAAACAAGAGAUUUGUUUUCACACAACAGUAUAUCAAAUUAGGAUAUCCAGAUUAUUAUGAUAAAAAUAUAACAGAAAUCUGUGAUGGAGAGAAUAAUCCUAUCGAUAUUAAUAAUUUUAAAAUGAGAGCCGAAUAUCCUUUAAAUUAUUAUGGUAUUUAUUCACCAUCAGAGUCUUUAGAUGAUUGUUAUCAUAAUAUAGAUUGUGAAAAUUUAUUUAAUUUUUUGACAGAUAGAGAAUACUAUGGGAAAAGUUUUGAUAAGUUUGAAGUUAAUGACAUAUUACACAACACACUUUUGGCUAUAUAUUGUUUUAAGAAUAAUAUGCAUAUUGAUUAUUGCGUAUCAAGAUUUAUGAAUGUUGAUGCAUAUUUAGUCAUGGAAUUAUAUAUUAAACAUAGACCAUUUCCUAAAUGUUAUUUUACACCUUUUAAUCAUCAUGUAUGGUCUGCAUAUGUGACUAUUGACAAAAGGUUGAGUACAUUAUUUAAAUAUUAUGGGUUAUUUUAUCACUUCGAUCUAAAUUAUUUAGACUAUCCAGCACUUGAUUAUUUGGAGUAUAACUGUUUAAAAGCAUCUAAUUAUUUGGAGUAUAACUGUUUAAAAGCAUCUAAUUAUUUGGAGUAUAACUGUUUAAAAGCAUCUAAUUAUACUAAGUAUAGAGAAAAAUACAAAAAGUUUUCUGAAGAAAUGGAUAUAUAUCAAUCUUUUGACAUAGAAAAAUGCAAGUUUUUAGAUCAUCCAAAGAAACAAUCGAUUUAAAUCAAGACUCGAAAAUAGCUUCUAUGGGAAUUCAUUGCUGCUUUUGUUUGAUUUAUUAUGCUCAAAUUUGUUAAUAAAUUUCGGUCAAUAUUGCCAAUAUUCCUGGUUGAAUUUUGAAAAAUAUCGGUAUAAACGUGGUUAAAAUUGUUCUUAUAGGCUUAAUUAAGUGAAUUUAUAUAUUGUUUGUUAUAGUUGGUCCUUGGACGCUACCAAGUAAUUAGAAAACCUAAACGC